AGUUAAUACUAGCACUUGUAGAAGUUGAGAAAGUAAUAUAAGGAAGAGAGAGAUAAUAUUCAAAGAUAAUACUACAAAAAUGGCGUCUGUACCACCAAUGGCUGUACCAACAACGGUUGCAAGUAAGGUAAUCUGUCUGAAAUCAGACUAUAACAACAAAUUCCUGCGCUAUAGGAAUGACAUAGAUAGUCAAACAUAUGGCCUUCUUGAGUUUGCUGGUGAUGAGGUAAUGGAUCAAUGUGCCCACUUUGAAAUUGAGCAAUCCAAGACUUAUGAUGGUCUUGUUCAUCUCAAAUCCCGCUACAAUAACAAAUAUUUUGUCAGGUGGUCUCCCAUUCACAAUUGGAUUAGUGCAUCAUCCCACAACAUAGAUGAAAAUCAAUGCAAUUGGAGUUGUACAUUGUUCAAGCCAAUAUAUCUCAGUGAUGAUGAUGGUACACAAAAAAUGCGACUUAUGCAUGUCCAACUCGGUCAUUAUGCAAGCUUGUGGAAGGACGAAGCCUCUUUUGAUUCAUGCUUAAAUGCAGGGUCAAAUGAGACUAAUGAAGACUCGUAUGAUGUUUUCACUGUCGUAAACUUGUUUAAUAUACCCAAGCAUGUUGCAUUCAAGGGAAAUAAUGGCAGAUAUUUGGGUGCGAUCCAGCUAAGAGGUUCUCCUCAUCUUCAAUUUUCAUUCGAUAAUCAUGAUGAUCCUAGGGUCGCCCAUGAGGUGUUUGAAGCUCCUGAUGGUACGCUUAGCAUAAAAUCGAGUUACUUCGGAAAGUUUUGGAGGCUUGGUGUCGAUGAUUGGAUCGUAGCUGAUGCCGAUGACCCUUGUGGUAGUAGCAAAGCUGAUGCAAAGUUUAGGCUUGUUGUGCGUGACGUUAAUGUCGUAGCACUAAUAAACAUGUCCAAAACUUGGUUUUGCAAGAGAUAUACGAGUCGUGACAUUGAAAGCUCCCUGAGAGCUGCUACUGAAAAUUUUGACAUAUUUACACCACUAGAGAUGUUUGAUUUGGGAGCUUAACGGGGUCGCGCCGCUCUGUAUGUGAAAUGAUACUACUAUAUCAUCUCUUCGAUGGUCGUGAUAUUUAUGUUCUCUAUUUAAGAAAUAAACGAGUUGUUGAACCCGAACAGUGCAAUGGGGUAUUUAUAUAUAUUCUCUAUUUAUUAUGUUCUCAAUCUAAGAAAUCAACGAGUUGUUGGGCUCGAACGGUGCAACGGCCUAUUACAUGUAUUUAUAUAUCAAGACCAAAAAACAUGUAUUUAAUUAUUUAUAUAUGCUCUCUAUUUGUUCUCA